AUGAGCACAGGCACAUCUAUAUCCGCGACCACACACCCAUUCUAUAAACUUCUAGGCCAUGCAAAGCUCAAAUUAAUCGCUUCCUUUCUGACAUUCUCGACCAUCCUCCUACUCACAUUAUAUUCCGGCGGUCUGUCAAAAAACAUCCCACUAGCCGCGCAAAACACCACAGCAAACGAAGACUAUUGGACCUGGGAAACGAGAACCCAAUUCCGGAAAGUCGUGCAUGAAAGUGAUAGCAAUUUCAACAAUGUAUCAAAAAACACAAUCUGCGACAGUUUCCCAUCAGACAUACUAUCUCGUGUCCAAAUCGUCCUGAAAACCAGCGCAACCGAAGACCCCAACCGAAUCAACACACACAUGGCCUCCGUCUCCCGCUGCAUAUCCAACCUACUAGUCAUCUCAGACAAAGAAACCAAGAUCCAAGGCCACCAGGUACAUGACGUCCUAGCCGACCUGCCCUCCUCAGCCCGGAACCUAAUCCCGGAAUUCGAGGGGUAUGAUGCGCUACAACGCGGAGAGACUAUAAACGGCACGGCGGGAUGGAACCUCGACCGAUUCAAGUUCCUGCCCAUGGUUGAGCGGGCGAAGAAAGCCAAUCCCAGAGCGGAAUGGUACGUCUUUCUCGAGACGGAUACAUACUUCGUGUGGGAUAGUUUGUUCCGUUUGCUGGGACAGUUCGAUUCUUCGGUUCCUCUUUACAUGGGCUCUCCUGCGCCCGGACGUGAUAUCGGCAAUGGAAAGGUGAUUUGGUUUGCGUAUGGGGGUGCAGGGUUUGUACUGUCGCGGGCUGCGGUUGAUACUUUGGUUGCGCGGGAGGUGGGUGAAUAUGGGGAGUUCGUUAGGGAAUCCCUCAGUGAGCGGUAUAUGCAGGCCGUGGAAGUUGAUUGCUGUGGUGACUCGGUGCUUGGGUUUGCGUUGUAUGAAAAGGGGAUUGAGUUAUCGGGGAUGUGGCCGAUGUUCAAUGCGCAUCCGCUGGACUCGAUUCCCUUUGGGGAUGAGUAUCAUUGGUGCCAGCCUGUGAUUAGCAUGCAUAAGUCACAAUUGAAUGAUAUGGUGAGACUGGCAGACUGGGAGGAUGAACGGGAUCGAACAAAACCCUUGCUAUACGCAGACUUGGUUGACUAUCACCGCUUAGGGGAGCUGUCGGAGCGUCAAGGAUGGGAUAAUGGAGCCUGGGGCGGAGUUAUCGAACAGCCUGAUACACUGCCCCAGCAUGAAUCAUUAGAAGCCUGUCGUCAUGCAUGCCAUGACAGGGAUUGGUGUAUGGCAUACACUUAUGACACGGUGGGGACUUGUGUCUUUGUGCAGACUUUACGACUUGGUACUUCUAGCAAGUUGGAUAUUGCUCAUCAGUUCACGGCUGGAUGGGACAACGACAAGAUCCAAAAGUGGCGGGCAGACAAUGAGUGCAGAAGUCCUAAGUGGAUGAAGCCGAGUUUGACUCGGAUUUUUUGA